AUGAAUCUCUCUAUUAAGAUUGCAAUACACAUAAGUAUAUUAGCACAAAUAUGUUCUGGGCAGGAUUAUGGCACUCAAACAUAUAAUCCAGAUUCUACAAACCCUACAAAUGACUACCUCAAUACCAAUGAUCCAAAAUAUGACAAUCCAUAUGAUCCAAAUAGACGGAAUCAAAUCCGCAAACAGUAUGAUAAUCCAUACUCAGAUAAAAGAUAUAGCCAGUAUGAUAGAAAUGAUUUAAAUUCCUAUAAUCCUGAGAAUACUCCACGACCAGCAUGGGAUUCUAGCAGAACCUACAGUACAUCAUUUAAAGGUGCUGAGUUGGAGCAUGAAAGUGUUAUCAUAAAUGAAGCCACUUACUUUAUUGUAGCAUCUCGUAUGGUCCGUCCAGGACAGAUAUACAAAAUAUCAGCUAAUAUAUUGAGAGCAAGACUACAGAUGACAAUCCGGGCAUCCAUCUCUUGCAAUGGUGUCGAACUAGCACAUGUCAGUGAAAGAGUGAAGGAAGGAGUUCUUGAGAUCCUUAAUUUGAGAAUCCCAGCAACAUCUGUACCAGGUGAUUACAAGUUGAGAGUGGAAGGUCUGUACCUAGAUGAUCCAUUUGGUGGUAAUGCCUUUGUUAAUGAGACUCAACUGGACUUCUCACAGCGGUUUAUGACUAUAUUUAUUCAGAUGGAUAAACCAGUUUAUAUGCAAGGGCAGAUUGUGCGAUUCCGUGUGAUACCCAUAAACACGGAGUUGAAGGCUUUCGGAAGGUCAAUUGAUGUAUACAUACUCGAUCCCAAUCGUCGCAUCAUGAAGAGAUGGUUAUCUAGACAGAGUAACUUUGGUACCGUGAGUCUGCAAUACCAAUUGUCAACCCAGCCCAUAUUCGGCGAGUGGUAUGUGCGAGUGGAGGCGUUAGGACAAGUUGAGGAGUCCCGAUUCUUAAUCGAAGAAUACUAUCAGACCAGGUUUGAAGUAAACGUAACAAUGCCAGCGUUCUUCUUCAACACGGAGCAAUUUAUUCACGGACGCAUUAUGGCCAACUAUACCUCUGGAGCUCCGGUACAUGGAAAUCUUACUUUGAAGGCAACGCUUCGUCCCAUACCCCAGUAUCGUCCCAGGGACUUUAGGAAACAACUCGAACUUGAUCCUUAUUCUAGAGCUCGUCCAAACUAUAAUCCCUUCUUAUACAACGAGAGUGGCUACCAACCAUUUGAAUUCGGACAAGAGGAUAACACACAUGUGAACUAUCGUGCUGGACAGCCUAAUCAAUUAGAUCACCCCGACUGGUGGUAUGACCCACAGAAGGUUGUCACCCGGCUGUUUAACUUUGAUGAAAAGUACCCCUUUUGGAUGCCAAAACCAGGUCCAAUAGAGUUUGCGAAUCAGGCGAAUCAACCUCAUUUGAAUCCAAACUACAAUACGUACAGUACAUCGUCCACGUACAACUACUACAAUAACAAUUAUGAUCAACUGCCGUAUCUGAGAUUUUUCAACGGCACCUAUGACUUCAAGUACCCAAUGUCCGAGUUAGCCCAGCUGGUACCAACUCUCGAUGGGAUGGAGGUGAUAAUAACAGCAUCUGUUGGAGAUCCCUUCCUCAAUGAAAUUAUAGAGGGUUACAGCAUCGCGAGAAUAUUCAACUCAUCUCUUUCUGUUACUUUUUUGGGAGGGGAAUUGCAAGUGUUCAAGCCGAGUAUGCCGUUUGAUGUUUAUAUGGUGGUGUCAUACCAUGAUGGAUCAAAACUACCAGAGUGGCAAGCACUGGGGAUAUCAUUAGUGGUGACAGGUCAGCUUGAGGGCAGGGGCGGAGCCCUAGAAACUUUGCGGCCUACGCUUGUACCGGGACAAAACGCUGUGUGGCAUCUCAAGAUGGAUUUGUUUAAACUGUUGCGUCUAGAAAACGACCCCAACUACCGCGAAACUUUAGCGGGUAUAACGGGAAUACGUUUAAACGCGCAACUGUCUGACGCAAUGGGUGCGCGUGCGUCCGCCGACGUACACCUCGUAGCGCAUCAUUCGCCUAACCAACAUCAUAUACGGGUGUCUACUAGUACUACUAAUGCUAGAGUGGGAGAAUACAUAAUAUUUCAUGUUGAAAGUAACUUUUAUAUGGAAACAUUCAGUUACGUGGUCAUGUCUAAGGGCAUUAUUCUGACUAGCGGACAAGAGAAUAUGCAGGAAGGCGUCCGUACAUUCGCGGUAGUGUUGUCAGCUGAGAUGGCGCCGGUUGCCACGAUAGUUGUAUAUGCGGCGCAAAGACGUGCAGUCGUAUUGGCAGAUUCCCUCACGUUCCCAGUCAACGGAAUAUCUAGGAAUAAUUUCACCGUAUCAAUAAACAACAGAAAACACCGCACAGGGGAACGAGUAGAAGUAGCUAUAUACGGCGAACCCGGCGCGUAUGUCGGUCUGUCUGGAAUUGACAAUGUAUUUUACACUAUGCAGGCUGGAAAUGAACUUACUUAUGCCAAGGUAAUAUCAAAAAUGUCCCAAUUCGACGAAUCAACAAACGGUACGUUCGCGUAUACGUGGCGUUCGCACUUUGGUGACGCUGACGAACUCGUAUACUUUCCAUCAACAAGCUUUGGUAUCGAUGCAAAUAGGACACUCGAGUACUCAGGUCUAGUCGUAUUCAGUGACGUAAUGGUGCCGCGCCGACAUAGUAACUGCAAUGCCACUAUGGGAUUGGCUGAGUGUUUGGAUGGCAAUUGCUAUGCCGUGGAAAAACGAUGCGAUGGCGUGGUCGACUGUUCCGAUCGGACUGAUGAGUCUCAUUGCCCCCGAGACAAUUCCUUCGAGCUAAGCCACUUCCGAAAAUUCCGAUUCAACCGAGUCCAGCGACAAUACGAUAAUGUGUGGAUGUGGCGGGACGUUAAUAUCGGACCCCACGGGCGAUAUGUGUUCACCCUCGAUGUUCCCCAAGUUCCUGCCCAUUGGACUGUAUCUGCCUUCAGUAUGUCCCCAUCUAUGGGACUUGGCAUGACUGUGACGCCGACGCAUUACGAAGGCAUACUACCGUUCUUCAUAAAGGUGGAAGGACCCGACGAGUCACGCCAGGGUGAACAGCUAGGUCUUCGUGUGGUUGUCUUCAACUACCAACAACAGGACAUCGAGGCCGUCGUAGUAUUGGCUUCUUCACCGGACUACAUGUUUGUACAUGUCGAGGAAAAUGGUAUCGUUCGUUCAUACAACCCGCGUACGUCUUUCGGCGAGCACCAAUUCUUCGUAUACAUAAUUGCUGGAGACGCGGCUACCGUUCACAUUCCAAUCGUUCCGGCACGUCUUGGAACCAUACAUAUCAACAUACAUGCGGCCACUUUGCAUGGGAUACAUCGCGCUACUAAGACCAUUCGAGUUGAGGCGGACGGUCUCCCCCAAUAUCGGCAUCAAUCCGUACUCUUAGACCUUUCGAAUCGUGCGUACGUAUUCCAGUACAUGCACGUCAACGUAACGGAGACACCGAUAAUUCCAUAUGAAGUGGAUCGGUACUACGUGUUUGGGUCUAAUAAGGCCACAAUAUCGAUAGUUGGCGACGUCGUAGGACCGUUAUUCCCAACUAUGCCGGUUAAUGCUACCAGUCUACUGGAUUUGCCUAUGGAAUCCGGUGAACAGAAUAUGUUCAGUUUCGCGGCAAACAUGUACUUGACACUAUACAUGCGUCUGAUCAACCAGAGGAACAGAACUCUUGAGAAGGAGGCCUUUGAGCACAUGAAUGUGCUUUAUCAGCGGCAAAUGUCUUACAUGAAGCUUGAUGGAUCUUUCUCGCUGUUCAGGAGUGACUGGAACCAAUCGGCGUCCAGCGUUUGGCUGACUUCGUUCUGUUCCAAGAUAUUUCAAGAAGCUUCGUUCAACGAGUGGGAAAACUUCAUCUAUAUUGAUCCUAAUGUGAUAUCUUUGGCGGUAUCGUGGGUUUUGGAACAUCAAAGCCCGGAGGGUGCGUUUUAUGAGACAACAUGGCUGCCAGACCGCAAUGCCAAUACAACUAUUACGGUUCCAAUGGAGAGUCAGCUAUAUCGGGAGUACGGCGCUCAGCUAAUGGGCGAAACGGUGAACAAUUCAAUAGUACUACAGCGAAAUAUAUCAUUGACAGCCCAAGUUGUUAUAACUCUGGAGUCUGUUAAAAAUCUCAAGGACAUUGGAGUGAGAGAGGGUCUUAGUGCGCAAGUAGCGACAGCCCAACAGCGAGGCGUGGCCUGGCUUGAGCGCCAUUUACGUCUGUUAAGCGAAUGGUCGGAGCCCUACGCGCUCGCGAUCACCGCGUACGCGCUCGCGUGCGCCAAGGCACCCAGUGCUGAACAUGCGUACAGGUUGUUGAAGAGGCGGCAAAGAUCCGAGGGUGGUCUGGUAUAUUGGGGCAAAGAGCCGGUCCCUCAGCCUCCAUACAAGAUGGAGAAUCAGAAGCCAUUCCUUCUACCAAGACUGCCGUACAAGUACGACUCCAAUAAUAUAGCCACAACAGCGUAUGCCCUGAUGGCAUGCAUGGAUCAUCAGGAUAAUAAUGAACAAAUAGUGAUGUGGCUCAACUCGCAAAGAUUAAAAGAUGGUGGAUGGUCAUCAACACAGGAUACAUACAUAGCUCUACGUGCACUCAUAGAGUAUACGAACCGAAAGCGUCUACGUGACGUGAGCUCGUUGACGUUAACUGUGGACGCUGUGGCUUUGAAUGGGACUACGAAGACAUUGCACGUCGAUAAUAAUAACUUGGCUGUUAUGCAGAGUAUUGAGAUUCCAUCAGCGUGGGGCACAGUCAAGGUGACUGCUCGUGGGGCAGGAUAUGCUAUCCUGCAAAUGUCAGUGCAGUACAACGUGGACGUACCAAGGUUCCAGACGGCGCCACCGGCACGGUCCUACUCGUUACUUGCGCACGCGCAGUAUUACGGACGGAAUCAGUCUCAUAUUGAUUAUCAGACAUGUGCCAGUUGGACGUUGCUUGAGGAAUCACCCCGCUCAGGUAUGUCAGUGAUGGAGGUUCGAAUCCCGACGGGAUACAUGAUCCAGCAACAGCGUUUAGACGCCUACGUUCUAUCACGUAAAGUCAGGACGCUACAACGAGCAAAAUAUACGCCAACAAAAUUACUGUUCUUCUUUGACUAUUUGGACCACGAAACGACGUGUGUAAACUUCACAAUAGAGCGGUGGUAUCCAGUAGCCAACAUGUCGCGAUACUUGCCUAUAAGGGUCUACGAUUAUUAUGCACCCGAACGGUUCAACGAAACGAUAUUCGACGCCUUACCAACAUAUUUAUUGAACAUAUGUGAAGUUUGUGGAUCAUCACAGUGUCCGUACUGUGCUGUUUAUAACGCAGCCUUACGUAUUGCUGUCACACCUGCGUUAGUACUACUCAUGGUUGCCGCUAGAUACAUCACAUAUAGGGUGUUCACGUAA